AAAAAAAAAAUAAUAACAAAUCCAAAAAACACACCCACGCAAGCCCACUGACCCGGUUCUGUGUGAAGUGGGCGACGGAACCAGGGUCCCUGGAAUGGCGGAGACUCUGUCGGGUUUAGGAGACUCGGGUGCGGCAAGCGCAGCGGCCGUGAGCUCCGCGGCGUCAGAGACCGGGACGCGGCGGCUCAGCGACCUGCGGGUGAUCGACCUGCGGGCGGAGCUGCGGAAGCGAAACCUCGACUCGAGCGGCAACAAGAGCGUGCUGAUGGAGCGGCUUAAGAAGGCCAUUGAAGAGGAAGGUGGGAAUCCUGAUGAAAUUGAAGUCAUCUCAGAAGGCAACAAGAAGAUGCCUAAGAGGCCCAGCAAAGGGAAGAAACCAGAAGACGAGGGUGUGGAGGACAACGGGCUCGAGGAGAAUUCUGGGGAUGGGCAGGAGGAUGUGGAAACCAGCCUGGAGAACCUGCAAGACAUGGAUAUGAUGGACAUCAGUGUGCUGGAUGAGGCUGACAUUGAUAAUGGCAGCGUGGCAGACUGUGUGGAGGAAGAAGAGGAGGCCACACUCCCUGAGGGCCUAGGAGACAGCACUGAACUGGUAGAAGGCGACUCGAAGGGGCUCCCAGAACAGCUGCAGGAGCAUGCUAUAGAUGACAAGGAAGCCAUUAACAAUGUAGAUACAUCAUCAUCUGACUUCACCAUCCUGCAGGAGAUGGAAGAGGCAUCUUUGGAGCCAGAAAAUGAGAAAAUACUCGACAUUUUGGGGGAAACUUGUAAAUCUGAGCCAGUAAAAGAAGAAGGUUCGGAGCUGGAGCAGCCCUUUGCCCAGGCCACGAGUAGCGUGGGGCCAGACAGGAAGCUGGCGGAGGAAGAGGACCUAUUUGAGAGCUGCGGCCACCCGGAAGAGGAAGAAGAAGAGGAGGAAGAAGAGGAGCAGGAAGAGGAGCAGGAGGAGGAGGGAGAUUUAGCUUUGGCCAGCAGCAGCAAGUCUGAGUCUUCAAGCACUCGAUGUCAGUGGAGCGAGGCAGACGCCCUGUUAGCAGUAGUGAAAAGGGAGCCGGCAGAGGCGCCUGGCGGAGGCACUGGGAUGGACCGCGAGCCUGUAGGGCUAGAGGAGCCAGUUGAACAGAGUAGCACGGCUGCCCAGCUCCCGGAGACCACCAGCCAGGAGCUGGUGCGAGCGCCCACGGCAGCCCCGAGCCCUGAGCCCCGAGAUAGCAAAGACGACGUGAAGAAGUUUGCUUUUGACGCUUGUAAUGACGUCCCUGCGGCUCCUAAAGAGUCCUCAGCCAGUGAGGGCGCUGAUCAGAAAAUGAGUUCUGUGGAAGAUGACUCGGAUACAAAAAGGCUUUCCAGAGAGGAGAAGGGUCGCAGCAGCUGUGGUAGGAAUUUCUGGGUUAGUGGCCUUUCAUCUACGACCAGAGCCACAGAUCUGAAGAACCUUUUUAGCAGAUACGGGAAGGUGGUGGGAGCUAAGGUUGUGACGAACGCCCGGAGUCCCGGAGCUCGCUGUUACGGCUUUGUCACUAUGUCCACAGCUGAAGAGGCAACAAAGUGCAUUAACCAUUUGCAUAAGACUGAGCUGCAUGGCAAGAUGAUCUCGGUGGAAAAGGCCAAAAGUGAGCCCGCUGGCAAAAGAGUACCUGACAGGCGAGAUGGCGACAGCAAGAAAGAGAAGACCAGCACCAGUGACAGAUCUGCAAACCUUAAGAGGGAGGAGAAAGGUGACAGAAAAGACGAUGCCAAGAAGACGGAUGAUGGGAGCACAGAGAAGAGCAAGGAUGCAGAUGACCAAAAGCCUGGGCCUUCAGAGCGCUCUCGAACAACCAAGUCAGGAAGCCGUGGCACUGAGCGUACUGUGGUGAUGGACAAGUCCAAAGGUGUGCCUGUCAUCAGUGUGAAGACUUCUGGUUCUAAAGAGAGAGCCUCCAAAAGUCAGGACCGAAAGUCUGUCAGCCGGGAGAAGCGGUCUGUUGUGUCCUUUGACAAGGUUAAAGAGUCUCGAAAGUCCAGAGACUCGGAGUCACGGAGGGAGCGGGAGCGGGAGCGCAGUGAGCGGGAGCAAAGGCUGCAGGCCCAGUGGGAGCGGGAGGAGCGAGAGCGGCUGGAGAUUGCCCGGGAGCGCCUGGCUUUCCACCGACAUAGGCUGGAGCGUGAACGCAUGGAGAGGGAACGGUUGGAGCGGGAGCGCAUGCAUGUGGAACAGGAGCGGAGGCGUGAGCAAGAGCGCAUUCACCGAGAGCGAGAGGAGCUUCGGCGUCAGCAGGAACUGCGCUAUGAACAGGAGCGGAGGCCUGCUGUGCGCAGGCCCUAUGAAGUAGAUGGCCGGCGAGAUGAUGCCUAUUGGCCAGAAGCUAAACGGGCUGCGCUGGAUGACCGUUACCACUCAGACUUCAGUCGCCAGGACCGCUUUCAUGACUUCGACCACAGAGACAGAGGCCGCUAUCCCAACCACUCUGUGGAUAGGAGAGAAGGUUCACGGUCGAUGAUGGGAGACAGAGAAGGACAGCAUUACCCUGAGCGCCAUGGAGGACCUGAACGCCAUGGCCGGGACUCUCGAGAUGGCUGGGGCUAUGGCUCAAACAAGAGACUGAGUGAAGGCCGGGGGCUGCCCCCUCCUCCCAGGCGUGACUGGGGAGAGCAUGGCCGGAGACUUGAAGAUGACCGGGCAUGGCAGGGCACAGCUGAUGGAGGCAUGAUGGAGCGUGAUCACAAGAGAUGGCAAGGUGGUGAGAGGAGCAUGUCUGGCCACUCAGGGCCCGGUCACAUGAUGAAUCGUGGUGGCAUGUCAGGGCGAGGCAGUUUUGCCCCCGGAGGAGCUUCCCGUGGCCAUGUGAUCCCACGUGGAGGGAUGCAGGCAGGCUUCGGCGGACAGAGCCGGGGCAGCAGACCCAGUGAUGCCCGCUUCACCCGCCGCUAUUGAGCACCUAAACCACCCAACCAUGACCUCCAAGUCCUCUUAGGACUACCCUCCCGCCAUUGUACAAAGGAUUUUUUUUUUUUUAUCUGCUGCCAUAUUGUAGCUUGUUACGAUGUGAAUUUGUUUUCAUUUUUGUUCCUGUUUUUUUGUAAUAAAGGUGUUUCUGUUCAUGUGCCCUUUACUUCAAA